ACUCCGCAGAGCUGGUCCCGUUAACUGCAGAGCCGUCGGGGGCCGGGUUCAGCUGGAUGGGCGUCGGCUUCUUCUUGGGCAUUUUGGACCCGGGUAACGCGCUUCCAACUCCGGGGGGAGGGCAGCACCUCUCGCUUCCUCCCGCUGCGCUGCCCCGCGCCCGCUGCGCAGGACCAAGUCCGGGCCGCGGGCCGCGGGCCCCGGGGCUGCCUUCAGCGGGUGCGCCCCGCGCGGUCCCGUCAGCGCCGAGGGGCCGGUAGCGGUCUCAGUGGACCCCCGCCCCACCCGCCCGGGACUCGGCUUCGCGCGCAGAGAGCCGAAAGGCUGCCCUGCAGGAGCGGAGCGGGCUGAACGUGCGGUUCGGCAGCCCGGGAUUCCCUUCCUCUCUCUCUCUCAACCAACCAGUCCCUCCGGCUCGGGCGGCGCAGCCGCGCGCGCACUAGAGCCCAGCUCCAGCUCCUGCCGGGGAAAGUGCCGCCGCUGCCGUGCUCCUAGUCGCUCUGCGAAGCGGCCCUGGGAGGGACUGGAGGCCGGGGGAGGGGCGGGGAAGGGGAAGCCUCGCCUCCCACCCGGGAUGCGGCGCUUUCCACACUCCCACUCGGCUCCGCCCCUAUUGCCUCGCAGACAACCAAUGGGGGCAAGCCUCGGCGGCAGAUGACGCGGAAAUACGUCACGGGAGCGCGGCGCACUGCCCUGGGGGCGGGGUGCGUCGCGGACGCCACGGCGCCCUCUGUCGCCCCGAGGCUAUCAGGUGGACCCAGCUGAGAAGAAGUCUGUGUCGCUGUGUGGUGAGCUCUCCAGGCCAGGUGCCGCGCGGCCUCCACCUCUGCGGUAACCGGCCUGCCCCCGACCCCUGUCCCCAAGCCGAGUCGUGUUGACGAAAAUGAAAUAACAAAAUAAAUAAGGAAAAGGACCCCUUCCUGUGUCCAGAGGAGAGGCAGCGUGGGGAAUAGGAAACUUGUCGAGAGACUCCUUUGAGCCCAACAAACUGACGCAUAUAUAUUUUGUUUGUUUAAUGGCUCCGCCCAGCCCCCGCACGGAUUUGGCGCCAAACGCUGCGGGCCCAUCUCACCCCAGGAGUUCCCGAGUAUCGCGAGAAGCGCGCUUAGUCUGCACGUCGAGGUCCGCGCUGUGGCCCGUGUUUUCUGCGUGAGAGGAAAAGAUGCUAGAACCACAGGAGAAUGGCGUGAUUGACCUACCAGAUUAUGAGCAUGUAGAAGAUGAAACUUUUCCUCCUUUCCCACCUCCAGCCUCUCCAGAGAGACAAGGUGGUGAAGGAACUGAGCCUGAUGAAGAGUCAGGAAAUGGAGCACCUGUUCCUGUACCUCCAAAGAGAACAGUUAAAAGAAAUAUACCCAAGCUGGAUGCUCAGAGAUUAAUUUCAGAGAGAGGACUUCCAGCCUUAAGGCAUGUAUUUGAUAAGGCAAAAUUCAAAGGUAAAGGUCAUGAGGCUGAAGACUUGAAGAUGCUAAUCAGACACAUGGAGCACUGGGCACAUAGGCUAUUCCCUAAACUGCAGUUUGAGGAUUUUAUUGACAGAGUUGAAUACCUGGGAAGUAAAAAGGAAGUUCAGACCUGUUUAAAACGAAUUCGACUUGAUGUCCCUAUUUUACAUGAAGAUUUUGUUAGCAAUAAUGAUGAAGUUGCGGAGAAUAAUGAACAUGAUGUCACUUCUACUGAAUUAGAUCCCUUUCUGACAAACUUAUCUGAAAGUGAGAUGUUUGCUUCUGAGUUAAGUAGAAGCCUAACAGAAGAGCAACAACAAAGAAUUGAGAGAAAUAAACAACUGGCCUUGGAAAGAAGGCAGGCAAAGAUGCUGAGUAAUAGUCAGACCCUAGGAAAUGAUAUGUUAAUGAAUACACCCAGGGCACACACGGUUGAAGAGGUUAAUACUGAUGAGGAUCAAAAGGAGGAGUCAAAUGGAUUAAACGAAGACAUUCUGGACAAUCCAUGUAAUGAUGCUAUUGCCAAUACUUUAAAUGAAGAGGAAACACUGCUGGACCAGUCUUUUAAAAAUGUGCAACAGCAACUUGAUGCUACAUCCAGAAAUAUUACUGAAGCUAGAUAAGUUUCCAUUAAGAGAAAAUGUAUCUGUUAAGUCAUCAUCCUCCAAGCUUGGCGUUACUAUGUAUUUUUUCUUCUUGGAGUGAAAAUCCUUAGGUAGUAAAACUGUUAUAGAUUAUUGUUUAAAAUCUGAUAAUCUGGUAUUUAUUUAUAAUUAUGCUUGUCACUUUAGUUAAAUCUAUUUGUUCUCUUUAGUGUUUGUUUUUAUAUAGGUAUUUCUUCAUAAAAUGAUUAGGAGGUAAUAAGCAGUUUCUGCUGCUGGUCUGUCAUUGAAUGCCUUGUUUUCACUAAGUUGGGAGGUUUUGUUUCUGUUUUUUACUGCUCCUUGCAAAGCAGGGCUAAUCCAUGGACAGUGUGCCCAGAGUAGUCUAGGUGAAGUUUUUUGUUUUGUUUUGUUUUGUUUUGUUUUGACACAGAGUCUCACUCUGUUGGCCAGGCUGGAGUGCAGUGGCACAGUCUCGGCUCACUGCAGCCUCUGCCUCCUGGGCUCAAGCAGUCCUCCUGCCUCAGCCUCCCGAGUAGCUGGGACUACAGGCGUGUGCCACCACGCUUGGCUAAUUUUUGUAUUUUUAGUAGAGAUGAGGUUUCACCAUGUUGGCCAGGCUGGUCUCAAACUCCUAACCUCAGGUAAUCCGCCCCCCUCGGCCUCCCAAAGUGCUGGGAUUACAGGUGUGAGCCACCGCGCCCAGCCUGGGUGAAGUUUUGAGAUGUACAUAUAUACUGAAUAUUAAUGUCAAUUUUUUAAAAGAAGUAAAAAUUAUCUUUAAAACUGUC